AAUGAUAAGUAAUAACAGUUGUGGGUUAAAUGACUUUUAUUAUUUGAUAUUAAAUUUGACAAUUUCUUAAUUUAAACUUUAAACUUUGGAUGUACUUUUUUUGAUAUUGCUCGAAAAACUUCCAAAUUACUACACCUAUAAAUUGUAUUUAUUGUUACACCAAAAAUAAAAAUGAAAACUAAGAUAUCAAGUUUCUUGAAAAUGGCAAGAAUUAUGCGACCAUGUUAUGUUCGAACAGCCACUACAUCAUCUACUGGUGCUUUAUUGCCUGAACCACAAAAAAUUCCAUUUGGACUAGUGGGUAUAAUUUUUACAGUUGUUCCAGGGUUAUUAAUUGGAGCUACCAUAAGUAAGUAUAUGGCUAAUUUUCUAGAGGAAAAUGAAUUGUUCGUUCCAUCAGAUGACGACGACGAUGACGAUUAAAACUAUUUGAUAUUGUUACUCUGGAUUUUUUCUCCAAAUGAUUGUUAUUCAUAUUUUUACUUAGCUCUUAUAUUCCCCUACCUUAAUAUUAUUAAACCAUUUAAUUGUGUUAAAAACUA